AAUAGGACCCGAAUCCGAAUCCAAAUCCUCUGUUUCAAGAACCCUAAACCCAACCCAAAACCCACCAUCGACUGUGGCCUUGAAUAAGAUGGAUAUUUCAAAUCUUCAAUCUUUCAUACUUGUCUUUACUUCCAUAUACUUAACCGGAUACUUUACAAUUUUCCGGCAAUGGAAAGCAAAACACAGAGCAGAAGCUUCAAGCACUGUCAUGUCUCUUUUCCAUGGAACCCCUGCAGUUAUUUUAGCUAUCAAAUCUAUCAUGAUCUCACAAACCCAACUCGAUUUAGCGUCAAAGAACACGGCUUUUCAGAACACCGUACUAGAAUUCAGCAUCGCCUACUUCAUCGCCGACUUAUUGCACUACAUUCUGUUCAUUCCGACCGACUUUCUCUACAUCGCACACCAUUUGGCCACUCUGCACGUGUUCCUCACAUGUAGGUACGCGGUCGGACAUGGGGCUCACGCGGUUCUAGUACUCCUCGUACUAGCGGAGUCGACGAGCGCGUGCCAGAAUGUGUGGUGCUUAGUUGGGUACCGGAGGGAGGAUUGUCCGGCGGCGGAAAAGGUGUAUAGGGUGUUGUCGCCGGCGUUUUAUUUGUUUUAUUCGGUAAUGAGGGGAGUUUUAGGACCGGCGUUUGUUUGUAAGAUGUUGGUUUUUUAUUUGAGUGGGAAGGCGGAUGGAUUGAUUCCAAUGUGGGCUUGGGUUUCUUGGAUGGUUGUGAUUGUUGGGGCAAUUCUUGUUAGCAUUUUGUGGGUUCUCAAUCUUUGGAUGGUUCUUUUCAGAGACAGGAGAAGAAAGCAGCUAAUGAAAUCAAAUUAGAA